AGCGCGGGAGGGAUGGCGUGCUUGGCUGGACCAUAGUAAUAAACAACAAGGCUAUAGCCCAUACUAUAAGAGGAUAAUCUCCGAUGACGGGGAAUAUCCGUACAAUCCAAGGUGUUAUAUUCGUUUCUCGGAGUGUCUGAUCUGAUACGAUCUGUCUGUCUGGGGAAUGUGGAGACCGACCCCGGAUUGGCGAGGCGCUAUUUUCCGGAUUUGGGGAAAUAUAUUGUAUAAAACACACUAUUCAAACGGAAUACCACCAAAAUGUCCACCGAACCCCCAACCAUCCUCUCAACCCCUCAAACCCCGGAGGAAGAGAAAAACAUCACCAUCGCAAAAACCUAUAUGUCAAUCGCCUACUCCCCUACUGACAACACCGGCGCCCGCUCCGUCUCCCACCUCUGUCACCCAGACUCCCAUUUCUACUCUCCCUCUACUUUCCCUGGCUGCACAACACCCAUGGACUACGCCGAGUCGCACGCGCACGUAAUGGCUUCUGUCUCCGACCUCCGUAUCGUCCGGUACGACCAAGCCUGGGCAAAGGACGGACAUGUAUUGCUGCGGUAUACGGCGGAGGGAUCGCAUUGCGGAGCUCCUUAUAAAGGGAUUGAAAGAGCUGAGCCGCCGAAAAGGGCGCGGUGGAGUGCGGCGGCGAUUUUUGAGAUUGAGGGGGGCAAGGUUAGGAGUUUUGUUAAGGAUUGGGAUCAAAAGGUUAUGCAGAUACAGCUGGGCUGGGCACCUGUGAAGGAGAGUCAGGAUCCGAGGUGGAAUAGGGAGAUGUUGGCGGAUCCAGAGAGCGCGAGAAAGGCGAAGUGAUUUUUACAGAAUGGGAUAGAUAACUGAAAAAUAAAUGUACCGGUACAUUGUGAUAUUCGAAUAGAGAAUCUGUG